GUAGCAGCACAUAUAACUUCUACAAUACCUGCCUCAACUCCCCCACCACCAUCAAUACCAACACCGACAACAACAGUGCUGCCACCUCCACCACAAAUUCAAUCGUUACCAGAAGUAAAUCAUCCAACUUCAACACCACCACCUUCUCAACCACCACCACCACCACCACCACAACUAACAGUUCCAGAAUACAGACCACAGUCAUUACCGCCACCACCGUCGCCACCACCGCGACCUCCUCCACAGCCAGUAACAGCUCCUGUUAUGCAGAGUAAUUCAGUUGUACAUCCGCCGCAACAACCAGUAGCAAAGGUGAAAAAAGGUGUGAAGAGGAAAGCAGACACAACAACACCAACUGCAGCAAUUAUACAGGUUCCUCCUGAAGAACCAGUUCUGCAUAUUAAUGAACCACGACCUGCCAAGAUACCAACAAGGAGAGAGAGUGGACGAAAAAUUAAACCUCCAAAAAAAGACUUGCCAGAUGCAGCACAACAUAGUAAAGGGAAAAAAGAAAAACUUUCGGUACAGCUUAAGUACUGUAAUGGAAUAAUCAAGGAGUUGUAUUCCAAGAAACAUUCAGGCUAUGCGUGGCCAUUUUACAAACCUGUUGACGCAAACUUGUUGGGUCUCCAUGAUUACCAUGAUAUUAUAAAAUACCCGAUGGAUUUGGGAACUGUGAAGAGAAAGUUAGAAACAAGAGACUACACGAACGCCAAUGAUAUAGCUGCCGAUGUCAGAGCAAUAUUCACAAAUUGUUAUAAAUAUAAUCCCCCAGAUCAUGAUGUAGUGGCUAUGGCAAGAAAGUUACAAGAUGUUUUUGAAAUGAAAUUUGCGAAAAUGCCUGAUGAACCGACGCCACCUCCAAGUGAGCAAGAUCCAUCAGGUGAUGCGGGCCAACCUAGCAGCAGCAGUGCGAGCAGUAGCAGUAGUGACACGUCAUCUGAUUCAGACAGCACAGAUAGUGAAGAAGAAAGAGCCAAUAAAUUAUCACAGCUUCAGGCACAGGAGCAUAUUCAUGGAAAUGGGAGGCAUGUGCCUAAGACUGAAAGACCGGAAAAGCUUAGAGCAGUGCAUGAGCAACUUAGUGCACUGUCUGAAGCAUCGUUUAACAGACCAAAGAAAAAGAAAGAGAAGGACAAAGAGAAGGAAAAAGAAAAAGAGAAAGAUUCAAAGAAGAAAAAAAAGAAAGAGAAGGAAAAGGAAAAAGAGCAAGAAAAAGAACCAGAGCCACCAAAAGAGGAAGUCGUUGUCAAGAAAGAAGAGAAAAAAGAAAAACCAAAACCUAAGCGUAAAACUGAAACUGCUAAACCCGUAGGAACAAAAAAACAGCCUAAGAGGACGAAUAAUAGGGCAAGUAAAAAGAGCAAGCAGCCACCUCCGCCUGUAUAUGAAAGUGAAGAUGAAGAUAUAGCCAAACCAAUGUCGUAUGAUGAAAAGAGACAACUUAGUUUAGAUAUUAAUAAAUUACCAGGUGACAAAUUGGGACGAGUAGUACAUAUAAUUCAAGCAAGAGAACCAUCGCUACGGGAUUCAAACCCUGAUGAAAUUGAAAUAGAUUUUGAAACUCUUAAACCUUCCACAUUAAGAGAACUUGAACGAUAUGUCAUGCAGUGUUUACGAAAAAAGCCACGAAAACCUUAUGCUAAAAAGACAGCUGGAAAAACGAAAGAAGAGCAGCAAAGAGAAAAAAAACAAGAACUUGAGAAAAGGUUGCAAGAUGUUAGUGGGCAAUUAGGUGGUACUUAUGCAAAGAAAUCUUCUAAGAAAGCUGAACGAGAAGCAAUGGAAAGCAUGAUUGAUGUGGUCGGUGGUCCAUCCAGGUUGAGUGCUAGUAGCAGCAGUUCAUCAGAUAGCGACACGAGUAGUAGCAGUAGUGGUGGCUCAUCUAGCUCUUCAGACAGUAGUGACUCAGAGUCAGAAACCUCUCCACAAAAGAAAAGAAAGAAAACCCAACUUAGCCCUUUGAAGCAAAAACUGACAAUGCCAUCGGAUGAACCAGAAAUGCCAUCUGAUCUUCCUGAAUCAAAUAGCUUGCAGUACAUGCAAUCAUUACCUAUGCAGUCUCCUCCCAUGCCUGUGCCAGUAUCAAAUUCAGCAAAUGAAAUUUCAAAUCAAAAAGCAGAUUCACCUCCAAAAAUAACGCCACCUCAAGCUUCAAAAGCAGCUGCGGCUAGUCAUCUGUCAUUACCUGCACAGCCGAGUAGACCAAGCAGCAAAGCAUCUCCUAUGCCAGUAAGACAACCAAGACAAGUAGCUACACCAUUAACAAUACCACAGCCGAUACCUCCAGCAAUGACAUCGCCACUACCAGCAUUACCAACAUUGUUAGAUUUAUCACCACCUACUGUACCAAUGCAAACUACAGAGCCUGCUCAUAAAGUAAAGAAGGAGGCACAUGCA